UGGCCGGAAGUGAGACGGAUUGGCUCCGCCCCCGUGUUCGAUACCUCGCGAGACUUCGUGGAGGCCUCCCUCUUUCGUCUCGGCCGCCAACAUGCCGUCCAGACUGAGGAAGACCCGGAAACUUCGGGGCCACGUGAGUCACGGCCACGGCCGCAUCGGCAAGCACCGGAAGCACCCGGGAGGCCGGGGUAAUGCUGGCGGCAUGCAUCACCACAGGAUCAACUUUGACAAAUAUCACCCAGGUUACUUUGGGAAAGUUGGUAUGAGGCAUUACCACUUAAAGAGGAAUCAGAGCUUCUGCCCAACUGUCAACCUUGAUAAACUGUGGACCUUGGUCAGUGAGCAGACACGGGUAAAUGCUGCCAAAAACAAGACUGGAGCUGCUCCUAUCAUUGAUGUGGUGCGAUCGGGCUACUACAAAGUUUUGGGAAAGGGAAAGCUCCCAAAGCAGCCUGUCAUCGUGAAGGCCAAAUUCUUCAGUAGAAGAGCCGAGGAGAAGAUUAAGGGUGUCGGGGGGGCCUGUGUCCUGGUAGCCUGAAGCCACGUGGAGGGAGAUUCAUUAAAUGCUAAGAAGUGUUUUUCUCAGUGGCUUAUCCUGGUUCCAUGAAACAAGGCCAGUCUUUUCCUCCUGAAAGUCUGGUGGCUUUUUUUAAAAGAUUUGUUGUAUUCAGCAAAUGUAGUACCUGCUGUGUUGCUGUUCUCCACCCGGGAACAGCUUAUACUGUAAUGGUGGGACGUCGACUAUACUGGAGGUCUGAGUGUAGGUUCUUUGUCACCUCUGCCUCUCUACCUGUACAUCAGAAAUCCACCUAACCUAGGAGUUAAGGGUAAGGGCCUGGACUCCUCUGCCAACUCUGCUAAGAAAGAAAAUGUGCAAGAGAUAGCACCAAUGCUUAGAGGUCUUUGCAGGUUACCUAACUUGAACCUUUUCAUUUAUAAAGUAAGAAUGAUACCUGUUGAUGACACGUGUA